GACUGCAAAGUUUGCUGCUUCCCACCAGCCUUGCAGAGUUUGGACUGAUCAUUAGGAAGGCAGAAGAAAGAGAAACUGUUCAAACUUCAUCAGUGUCUUUGGUCUCCCUCUCUUUCCAAACAGAGAAGAAAGGAGACAUUCACCUGCCUUCCACUCCACUCCAGAGGUUUCCCUAUGAAGGCAACUUGCUGGAUUCUGGCAGGUUUUUACCUGCUUUUCUGCUGCAAAGCAGAAGAGGGACUACAUUUCCCCACUUACGAUGGGAAAGACCGAGUGAUUGACUUGAACGAAAAGAACUAUAAGCAAGCCCUGAAGAAGUAUGACAUGCUAUGCUUGCUCUUCCAUGAGCCUGUGAGCUCCGACAAGGUCUCCCAGAAGCAGUUCCAGAUGACAGAGAUGGUCCUGGAGCUGGCAGCUCAGGUCCUGGAACCUCGGAGCAUUGGCUUUGGUAUGGUGGACUCCAAGAAGGAUGCCAAGCUUGCCAAAAAGCUAGGCUUAGUUGAAGAAGGAAGCCUCUAUGUCUUUAAAGAGGAAAGAUUGAUUGAAUUUGAUGGGGAACUGGCCACAGAUGUCUUGGUGGAAUUCCUCUUGGAUCUGCUAGAAGACCCUGUGGAGAUCAUAAACAGCAAGCUGGAACUUCAGGCCUUUGAUCAAAUCGAUGAGGAAAUCAAACUCAUUGGCUACUUCAAAGGAGAAGACUCUGAACAUUACAAAGCAUUUGAGGAGGCAGCUGAACACUUUCAGCCAUACAUCAAAUUUUUUGCCACCUUUGACAAAGGGGUUGCCAAGAAACUAGGUCUGAAGAUGAAUGAAGUGGAUUUCUAUGAACCAUUUAUGGAUGAACCUGUUCACAUCCCCGAUAAGCCUUACACAGAGGAGGAAUUGGUUGAAUUUGUGAAGGAGCACAAAAGGGCCACCUUGCGGAAGCUGCGCCCAGAAGACAUGUUUGAGACCUGGGAGGAUGACAUGGAAGGAAUCCACAUUGUGGCCUUUGCUGAAGAAGAUGAUCCAGAUGGCUUUGAGUUCCUGGAAAUUCUGAAGCAGGUUGCCAGGGACAACACGGAUAAUCCCGAUCUGAGCAUUGUGUGGAUUGACCCCGAUGACUUUCCACUGCUGAUCACUUACUGGGAGAAGACUUUCAAGAUUGACCUGUUCAGACCACAGAUUGGGGUGGUGAACGUCACAGAUGCUGACAGUGUCUGGAUGGAGAUCAGAGAUGACGAUGACCUGCCCACAGCUGAAGAGCUGGAAGACUGGAUAGAGGAUGUGCUUUCUGGGAAGAUAAAUACUGAAGAUGAUGACGAUGAUGAUGACGAUAACGAUGAUGAUGAUGACAAUGACGACGAUGAUGAUGAUGACGAUGACGAUGACGAUGAUGACGAUGAUUAGCUUUGACUGUGUACAGUUUGACUUGUGGGUGCUGAGAGGCCUCCACUGCAGCAGGUCACUUCAUCAGAAGACCUGUGUUUGAGUGUCAGCAAGCACCUCCCUGCUCCUCCUUCCCCCUCUGCCCUGCUUCCCUUGCCCUUGCUAGGAGUCCCCACAGCCUGAUUCUCAGCGGUGCUUGAGCGACCAGGAUGCCCCCUGCAGUGGGUGACGUCUGCAGGCACCCAGCACCACUGUAAAUCAUGCUUCCUUAAUACAGACAGUAAGAAUUUGCAGGGAAUCUCCCACGAAUCUCCCCAAGGUGGGAGGAAAAGUGCCUGCCCACUCACUGCCAGAGAAACACAUUGAGCCAAUUUAUAUUAUCCAUGCUCAUCAGCCCAACACUUACUUAACAUCCAAAGACCAAAUCUCAUUCAUAGAGAAGGUCACUGUAAAGUUUAGUUCUUUUUAUCAAACAAAAUACGCUUUGCAGCUACCCUGCCAAGACCACUGAAUCCUCCUGAAAGUUCUGCUGUGGGAGUCCAUAGCUACUCAUUACCAUGUUGUAAGUAGCAAAAAGGUUUGGGAAGGGACAAAGGCUUUACAGAGACUAAUUAAAUUUUCAGCUAUUCUAUAAAACAGGAUAUUCUUGUCUGGCAAAGCAGUGCAAAACAAAAACAACAAAAAAAAAAUAGAGCCUAUCUGGCACAAUGUCUUCUUGAAAGCUCAGGCAAAACAUAGGGUUAGAGUGUGUAGUCUGAUAUAGGACACUGCAGCUUGGACGUUCCUGAAUUGCAGGAAAGGCAGAUCCAGAUCCAAGCCCAGAUUCUUGAGGGUGAAGAUCACUGUGCUGAAGUGAACUGUUGAUUCUUAACCCCAAAGUUUCAAGAAGCACCAGACCAGAUCCCAGCCCAGUUCCAACAAUCUGCAUCCAAAUCUAAGUUGGGCCUACCUUUUUCAGGUGAACUCCAGCUAAAUUAAAGGUUGUGCACUGAGAGCAUGAGAUAGUAGAAGAGGAAAAUGUAAGAGUGCAUACCUCUGCUGCUGAAAACAUUCACAGGGGCCUGUCCUGAAGUCAUCCUAUUCCACAUGACCUUGCAGCUUUAGAUGACUUUUAACCCAAAUCUCACACUGCAUCUUUUCCCAUGACCAGCAUAUCCAUCCAACCAUAUUAGAUGUUGGAUAAUGUGAGCUGGACAAUGAGCAGAGAAAGGAUUCAAGAUGUUUGGCUUUUAAGUAUUUAGCUGCAAAGUUAGUCCCUGCUUAGAGACUCAGAUGUCCCAUGGUGGCCUGUGAGAAGCCUCUUUUGACUGCAAACUGAAAAGGAGCUCAGGGCAUUAGUUUGCAGUCAAAAGGGUCACUCAUAAUGCAAGGGAUCAGCAACUCAGUCCUGGUGAAUGCAGCACCAUCCACGCGCAAGUCACUUCAGCGGUGUUGGGUCUCCUUGCGUUCCUAUGCCUGCAGCUUUCAAUUGUCUUAGCUUAUUAAGUUUGGCAAUAGUGCAAUGAAUGAAGAGUUUGGAGAGAGUUUUAUCUCUAUAAAUACAUCUAUAGAUACAUUUUUCCAGUUGUUCAGACUUGUUAGCAUAGGCAGGAUAUAUUUGUCUUCUCUUUCUACAGACAAGGAACAUUGUUUUAGUCUUUCUUACACUGGCUUACGUCAGAGAUAACAAGUGAUGUUAGUGGAAUUAAUAGUGCAAGGGACAGGAAUAUCAAAGCUUACUGUAUGAAUGUGAAUCAGCCUGAUGAGAAACAAGGUUUACAUACACCAUAUAUUUCCUUUAUUGGAUGAAAUGCAAAGCAAAGUUUUAUAGAUCUUUUUUUUUCUGCCUAUUGGCCAGUCUAUUUGUCUCUACAUAUAACUGAAGCAUAAAUUUAAGACUACUGGUAUAAAAAGGCUGAAGUACUGAUAUACUUCUACUUGUGUCAUGACCCUUUGGUGGAAAGUGCCGGUAUGAACAUAGGCAGAUAUCGCUGCAGCUGUAUGUGCAUAAAUGAAUACUGUGUUCAUAAAGGGCUGGUAUAUGGUAUAUGACAAUAGACCAUGGUAGCUCCUCUUUGAGGAGUUUGAAUAUCAAAUGUUUAACCAGCACUUUUCAGACAUACGCUCUUAGAAGAUCAGGUUGUAUCAGGACAUCAAAGCCCCCAGGUCAACUAUUAUCUUUUAUAUAUUUGCUCUUUCUUGCUUCUUUAUGAUGCAUAAACACUGCGUGGAAGACUUGAAUGAAGUGUGUUUGGGGACACUGGCUGGAUAUUUGCACUAGGAUUAUGAACAGCUCGGCCUCCAUCUUGGAGGACCUCAUGGAGAUUUUCAGAAGGCUCAAGAUGCAGCAUGCUCUCAGCUUGGCAGUCCUCUCCUUUCCUUCACAUAACCCUCUCACUUGGUUGGAGGGGUGUACAGGACCUUUUGCUCUUUCUUUACAGCCAUUUCCUCCUUGCUGAAGGCCCUCUGGCUCUGGGAGAAAGGGAGGACUCAGGGUGCCGUGUGGAGAGCAAGCUGGAGACUCAAGGCCUCAUCUAUGCACAAUGGUUAAGGAGUGAGCUGGCAAAACUAGCAGUUUAGUAGUCUCUCAGCUGGAGUUAAGUAAUGAUUACUGCUUGUGUUACUCCCCUGAGAAGGAUAUUUGUUUAACUUUACCUUGGGGCUAUUCCCAGGAGUAAAACUUGCAAGAUUUAACCCUGCAUAAGUAACUUCCUUAGCAUUCUGCAUAGGCCCUGUAGGCCAAGAUCAGUCAUUUCCAAGUCUCAUGAAUUUCUAUAAACACGAAGAAUAAAUGAACAAAGCUCUACUGCCUUUCCCAGUGGGAUCUCUGCACAUCUCAAAUGCCUGGGUACUUUCUGCAUAGCUUCCCUUGUGCUCUGGAUUCCUGUCUUUUCCUGAUAUGCCACUCUCCAAGUGCUCUGAGAGACAUCACUUGGUAGCCUCACUCACAAGCAGAACAGACAGACUCAGUAACUGGCACAACAGCUCUGUGCAAGUGCACAGGCAUUUCACAAGCACAAAUAUAUUUCAAUGUAGGAAGUGACAGCGAUCUGAGGGGGAAAAAAAUCAAGGCAGUAAUGCUUAGGCCAACUCACAGAGGCUCACUGAGUCUAAGCUCCUGCUGCGACUGACAGGCUGAUGUCAGUGAUUUGUAGAAAGUUUCUCUUGAAUUAUAGGAGAAAGGGCUAAUCACACGGCUGCCACUCCUCCAUGGUGCCAGCGCAGCCCUUCAAUGAGAACCCCUUUCUCCCUUCCCUCAUUUCCCUAUUACAGUUUCCUCUAGUUCUCCGUCCAUGGAUAAGAUCUUUUUAUCUUUAGCUAUUAAGCUAAAAUAUUUUACUUAUAAGACUAAAAAUGCUCAGUCUUCUUUCAUUCUCUUCUUUUAUGUUAUAAUCUCUCAAUAUGUGACCAGUGAGAUAUCAGAGUUGGGUCUGGACCACUGGAUCCAGAGUUGUGACUGAUAAAAACCACUGUGUUGCUCUGUACAGGCACUAAUGAGUCUUAGCAUCUUCGGUCUUACCAUUGCUAUAUCUAGCGCUUUGGGAGCUACCGGUGGGACACAGUGCUUUUCCAUUUACAGUCUGAGUCCAGACUUAGUUGGACAUACAAAGUUCAGAAUCACACGUUGCUCACAUGGACUGAGACACCCUCCUGCCUAUUCCCAGAAAAAAGGCUCUUUUGCUGUUGGUCUCAGGGGCCAAGGUAGGAGCUGGGAGGAUCCAGGCCAUGGGCCCCCCUGGGUUCCUCUGUCAAAACCAGGCACAAAGGGGGACAGCAGUGGCUCCAGAGUUUCAAACUGCAGUGAAAGGCACUGAUCACCCUGAAGAACAAAGUCAGCCUGCCUAUAAUUCAUUCAACGAGUGAAAGGUCAGUACAUUUAUACGAGGAACCAGCAAAAUAACUUUUUAUUUUAAAAAGUGUGCAUGUGUGGGGAGCACUUAAUGUUUCUGUAGGCAAGUCUGUUACUACUUUUCUGGUCUUAAUAAAUAAUUCUUUUAUCUUAA